AUGUCUCUGAAGGUUCAGACCAGCAACGUCACGAACAAGAACGACCCCAAGUCCAUCAACUCACGCGUGUUCAUCGGUAACCUCAACACAGCGGUGGUGAAGAAGAUGGAUGUGGAGACCAUCUUCUCGAAAUAUGGCCGCAUGCUGGGCUGCUCUGUGCACAAGGGCUACGCCUUUGUCCAGUACGCCAGCGAGAGGCAUGCCAGUGGGGCUGUUAUUGGGGAAAACGGACGAAUGCUGGCGGGACAGACUUUGGACAUCAACAUGGCGGGGGAACCCAAGCCCAACAGACCCAAAGGGCUGAAGAGGUCUGCCGCUGCUCUCUACAGUGGGUACGACUUUGAUUAUCACUACUACAGAAAUGAAUUAUAUGGCAGGCUGUUUGAGUACAGGGGCAGAGUGUCGCCAGUGCCUCGAGUGGUGCCAGUUAAGCGGCCUCGCAUGGCCAUGCCCCUGGUGCGCCGGGUCAAGUCUUUGCCCGUCAAGCUGUUGGCACGCGCUUCAGUCCUCCCCGGCAGCACCAUCAAGCAGAAGUCGGUGAACUCCAACGAGCUCCAGGAUAUCAAAUCAGAGCUGACUCAGAUCAAGUUCAACAUUGACGCGCUGCUCGGCCGACUGGAAAGGAUCACAGAGGACAAACACAUCGCUGCUGAGCUACGGAAGUCAGAGGACAACAAGAGUGAGGUGUUUCAGGACGAGUCAUGCUCAGACACAGAGGAGCUGGUAGACGAGCCCCAUAACAGUGAUGUGGAGGAUGGGGAGGAGGACGUCACACAGAAUGAGUGUGAAGAUGACGACAUGGAAAACAACCACCUAUCAGAAAUGGACUCCAUCCUGCAAUAA